UUGGCUAGAACGCUUAAAACACACCGUGUACUGUGUGGGCGGGAUGCCCUGUGCUUAACAACAGUCUGUAUGGGUAAACUGUGUAAUGACAGGUGAGGCCAGGAGGGGGCUGUAGCCAGAGUAAGUGUACUCUCAGCUGGCAGUGUGAGACACGAAGAAGAUACCGGAGAAGGGGUCCAUCCAUCCAUCCAUAAUCAACCGCUUAUCCUGCGUACAGGAUGUAUAAUAUAAUGGAAAUCAUUCACGGGGAGCGGCCUGUACAGCGUGCUGCCAGUUAGCCACUAGCAUUUGGCUACCCAGCUUGUUUGGGUGGACAAGUUACUGAUACUUCAAACUUCACAUGCAAAACAAAAUUUACUCAAUUGUCUUUCUCUUCAGUCACACCAGCUGUAGUGGUGAUUGCUUUUCUUGCCUCAGGAAAAUAUGAUUACCUGGUCAUAAAUACCAGUGAUGGAAACUCAGCAAAAAUGUGCUGGAUCUCUGAUGCUGUUGUCCAUCAGGUGGUGAAUAUCGGUUAUUAUGCUAUAGUGUUCAUCUUCACCUUUUGCAUAUUCAUCAUAACUGUGCGGCAGAUUGUUCUUUUCAAACCCACAACAGGGAAAGGCCAGGACAUCAGCUCCAUCAAGAGAAACUCUUACUCCAUUAUAGGCCUGUUCUUCCUGCUUGGCAUCACCUGGGCCUUUGCUUUCUUCAGCUACGGGCCUUUGCGUGUAGCAUCCUACUAUAUCUUCACCAUCCUCAACUCCUUUCAAGGUUUCUUCCUGUUCAUCUACUAUUACCAUUCCAGCAAGACUGUUGGAGAGGACAGACUCCGCACAGUCAGUGGUAGCAGUACAGCCACAUCAAAGACAGUUGUCCCAAAUCUCUAUCAAUAAGUAUUUGUGCUCCACAUGUUUCACAUGGAGACAGAAAGUGAUUUUGCCUGAAAUUAUUUUGACACAAGAGGGCAGCAUUUAAUUUCAUUUAGUCAAGCAGAUCCUCUGUUGAAUGAGGUGCUAGUAAAUUGGUAUAUAUUAAAAAAACGUUCCUCAUUCACCCCCAAAAUGCCUUGUGUUCCUGAUUGAAUGGCUACUCUCCUAAAAUGGCUAAUCUGGAUUACCUUCAUUGAGAAAAUUACUCAUGAGUAGAGCACUGACAGAGGAGAUGGAGAAAUAUCCUGGAAGUUAAUUGUGCCGCUGACUGUUUCAACAGGAGCCCUGUCUCACCUAGAGUAAAACUUUCAGAGAAGGUUGUGAUUCACACAGAAUAUA